GUUUAGUUUACAGAGAAUAUUUCGAUAAAGUAAUUGUUUUUUAUGUUGUUUGAUGUUUGUGCAGUGGUAUGUUACGGCACGGAGGGCAGGAACCAUAUCGGGUAUCAUAUUCCACCUUCUUAUGAACUUUAUAGUUACAUUGUUUUCACCACAACUCAAAUAAAGAGUGUAAUAGUUGAUUCUCCUGCGAGCUUAGCAAGAGGACUAAGUAGUAAGAUUUAUCGUCCCCCAAAACCAUCACUCCCAUACGUAUACUCGUCAUACAAUCAAGACGGUGCUAAGAUACGCCAAAAAGUUCCAUUAUUAAUUUCCAAUGAAAAGAUCAGCAAAACGGAAGCUAUUACAGAUACUUAUGAUACUUCCUCAAUUAAGGGACUAGUCAAUGAUGGAUUACAAAUUGCUUGUAGAAAUCUUGCUUUACAGAAAUAUCCCUGUUUAAAUCACUAUGAUCCUUGGUUUAACCAUGUUUACCAAUCUAUGCCAUGUCCUGCCCUUUAUCAAGAUCCUACAUAUGCUGCACCGUCAUCGAUUGCUUCUCAAAGUCUCUUUACCUCUUAUCCAUCUGUUCCAUUUUCUCUUCGGCAGGGCAAUGGAGGGUUUGAUUUUGAAGCAUUGCCUCAGAACUUCGAGCCGUACAAGCUAUGGGGUCCUGAAGGAGACAACAACCAAGAAGAUCAAACUGCUUAUACUGUUGAUGGAUCUUCUUAUCAGAACGAGACAUGGAAUUAUCAAGGAAACAACAAUCAAGAAGAUCCAACUGCUUAUACUGUUGAUGAAUCUUCUUAUCGGAACGAGACAUGGAAUUAUCAAGGAAACAACAAUCAGGGAGAUCAAACUGCUAAAAAUAUUGACGAAUCUUUUGACAUGAACUCGCGCAAUCCGUUCGAUCCUAUCGGUAGACCUUGGAAUCCGUUUGGCCCUAUCGAGCGACCCUUCUCAUAUCUUCCCUCUAGUCAUGAACUGGCAGAUUUGGGAUUUGUGUAAAAUCUAAGUUUGAAAAAGGAGUGGGUGGCACAUAUCAUUGACAAGUUCA